GCCUCCUGCACCAACAUGGCCUGCAAGCCCCUCUUCGUCCUGGCCGCCCUCGUGGCCCUCUCCGCCGCAUCUUACGUGCCCCAGGACUCCUAUGGAGCAGCGCCCGCUAACUAUGACUUCAACUGGGCCGUCAACGACGCUGCUUCCGGCAACAACUACGCCCACCAGGAGGCCCGCGACGGAGACAACACGCAGGGAUACUACUUCGUGCAGCUACCCGACGGUCGCCUGCAGAAGGUCACCUACUCUGUGCAGGGCGACUCAGGCUUCUUGGCUGAGGUCACUUACGAGGGCGAGGCACAGUACUCCCAGCAGGGAUACGGCGCCCCCACCAGGCACCCGACGCCCACCUACGGAACCCCUGGCCCGCGCUACGCCCGCUGAGCACACUUCCCUCCCUCCCGACGCCAGGACCCGCACUCACUCACCGCCACUCAUUCCUCACCCCUUUCUGUAUUUAUUGACUCCCUCCGUGCAUAACUUGCAAUAAAGACAAGGCAAGCAUUCAUCCUUUCGUUGCAUUCCUCUUCCUGCUGACAACUCUUGUUACCAACACUAUGUCUGCAUCAGCAGUUCAUCCAGCCUCUCUGUUCUCUGCCUUGUGAUAGUCUGUGACGCGCCUCACGAGGGUGACUUCUGUUUUCUACCUUGUUAAUGAGCCUGCAAAUUAUUUUUCCUUUUCAUUGCCGCUUUAUAGGACCAGAACACGGGGAUGGCGUUGAUGGAUUUACAAAAAACCUCCAUGUGUUUCAAGCAGACGAUCAGUGACUUUAUUCAUGAUUAUUCAAUGAAACUUAUGUGAAACAUUUCAAACAUUUAAUUAUAGCAGUAUAUUUAUAAAAUAGGGUAAUUACUUAUAUCAUAUCUAGUUUUUAAUGUUGUGCAUCUGUAACUUGCCUUUAGGAAGCAGAGCUUUUCAGGCAAAGGUUCUUUACUAUAUUUUUGUCUUCGGAGGUUAAAAAACUGAGACCAAGUGACCCUUUA